AUGCCUCCCGCUCCGCCUCCGUCUCCGCCCGGCAAGCGCAAGGCUGCCGACGGCCCGAUCUCACCACCGCCUCUCAAGCGUAGGGUGCAGAGCGGCACUACCACAAACUUCUUCAAGCCGGCAUCACAGAAGCCCAGAGACCGCACCGUCUGGUCCGAGAGGGCACCCGCGGAUGGCGGGCCGGCGACGCUGCUGGUCGCGCGGUACGAGCCCGAGGAUGCCGCGGCGGCCGUCGAGAGGGACGCGCGGCGCAAGAUUGCCGCCUUCGACCUCGACUCCACCCUCAUCACCACGAGCUCGGGCAAGAGGCACGCGAGCAGCGGCACGGACUGGAAGUGGUGGGACGGCAGGGUGCCGGCCAGGCUGCGCGAGCUGUACGACCAGGGCUACCGGGUGGUGAUCCUGUCGAACCAGGCCGGGCUGACGCUGCACCUCGACGCCGACUACAAGGGGCCCAGGGCCGGGGCGCGGAAGCGGGUCGGCGAGUUCAAGCAGAAGUGCAGCGCCGUCCUCGCCAACCUCGACCUGCCCACGACGAUCUACGCGGCCACCGCCAAGGAUGGCUUCCGCAAGCCCAGGACGGGCAUGUGGACGGAGAUAUGCAAGGACUACGACAUCCCGGCCGACAAGGUCGACACGGCCCGGAGCAUCUUUGUGGGCGACGCGGCCGGCCGGAUCGCCUCGCCGGCCAAGGGAGACGGCGGCGCCGCGGUGGCUGCGACGCGCAGAGAUUUCAGCUGCUCGGACCGCAACUUUGCCCACAACGUCGGCGUGGCAUUCAAGACGCCGGAGGAGUUCUUCCUGGGCGAGGAGCCCCGGGAGUUUGCGCGCGACUUUGACCUGGACGACUUUGCCUACGACGAGGAUACGGCAGCGUCGGCAGCGGCGGCAGCGGCAGCCGACAAGACGACGGAAAGGCUGUUCGAGAAGACCGAUGACCAGGACGUGGUGCUGUUCUGCGGCCCACCCGGCGCGGGAAAGAGCACGUUUUACUGGAACCAUCUCGAGCCUCUGGGCUACCAGCGCAUCAACCAAGACCGGCUCAAAAGCCGCGACAGGUGUGUCAAGGUGGCUCGGGAGCAUCUGUCCGCGGGUGACUCCAUCGUGAUUGACAACACAAAUGCCGACGUCGACACGCGGGCCGUGUGGAUCGAUGUAGCGCGGAAGAUGGGAGUACCGAUCCGAUGCGUCUGGUUCAAGACACCGCUGCAUGUGUGCGAGCACAACGACGCGGUCCGGUCGCAGAAUGCCGCGCUGAACCCGGAAGCUCGGCAGGGGCUGCCGGCACAGGCCUUUCACGGCUUCGCAUCACGGUACAAGGAGCCGCGAGUGAGCGAGGGCUUCCAGGAUGUCAGGGAGGUGCCGUUCACCUUUCGCGGCUCGAGGCAGGACUACGAGAUAUGGGGACGCUAUUGGGUGUGA